AUGCUGAACGAGAUGCUGGUCAUGACGUCACAAGGCUACUGCUGUUUCUUGACUCGCCACAGCAACAUCAGACCAUCUAUAUCCGUUUUAAACCCUUCCGUCUUCCCAAUAAACUUCAUUUUCAGAUUCAUCAAACAAACUUUAUUCAACAUGGGCCUUUUCAGUUCUUCAAGCACACCAAAGCGCCAGGCGCCAGCGCCGGUGCAAUCCUUCACCAUUACCCAGCACUCCAUGAUGGGCAGACAGUCACUUAUACACGAUACACGAUCCCCUCCCGGGGCUCCUCCAAUUCUAUCCGUCCAGCUACAUCAGAUGUCACGCCCGAAUAUAGAGCUUUACCUAGGCGCUGGCGCCAUCAGCAAUCCACCAGACGGUUCUCCGCCACGGACUUGUGCCACCAUCGACAUUGCCACGUUUGGCUCCUCAGGACGCGGCCAAGUGCGCGGGAAAGCUAUAGAAAUCAGUCGCGCUUCCAUGUUUGGAGGAGAAUAUGCAGUCACAGCUGCGGGUGUUGGGUCGUUAACGUGGGAGCCUACAGGCUGGGGCUCCCAUUCGUGGCAGCUCUGCGAUUCGACCGACACCGUGGUGGCCUCUGCCAGAUGUGAAGGCUUCACAAUGCGCGAGAUGGUCCUGGACAUGUAUGCCCCUGGCGAUGAGUUCUAUACCGACGUUCUCCUCAUAUCUUUGUUGACGGUGAUGAGACUGGCUGAAAAGCGCAGGCGGAAGCGAAGAACGGCUGCAAUGUAA